AUGUUUUCCUUCCACGCAAUCCCCCUUUCCCUUCCCCCAUCCCCUUUCCCUUCCGCAUCUCCCUCUCCCUUCCCCGAUCCCCUUUCCCUUCCGCAUCUCCCUCUCCCUUUCCCCAUCCCCUUUCCCUUCCGCAUCUCCCUCUCCCUUCCCCCAUACCUCUCUCCCUUCUUCGCAUCCCCAUUCCCUUCCCCCAUACCUUUCUCAUUUCUCCCCAUCCCCCUUUCCCUUCCCCCAUCUCAGUUUCCUUCCCUGCAAUCCCCCUUUCCCUUCCCCCAUCCCCUUUCCCUUCCGCAUCUCCCUCUCCCUUCCCCCAUCCCCUUUCCCUUCCGCAUCUCCCUCUCCCUUCCCCCAUCCCCUUACCCUUCCGCAUCUCCCUCUCCCUUACCCCAUACCUCUCUCCCUUCUCCGCAUCCCCCUUUCUCUUCCCCCAUCUUAGUUUCCUUCCAUGCAUCCCCCUUCCUUUCCCCCAAGCCUCCCUCCCUUCCUCCCAUGACAAGACGCACGGGAAGGAGGAAGGGACAAGACAAGACAUCCUAA